CGUGACUCGGUCUCGAGCGCGAUGUCAGCUGAUCGCUGUUGAGCUGAGUUCAGUGCAGGAGUGAGGAGCUCGCGGUUGAGAUGUCUUUAAGCGUCCAGCCCAUCCAGUGGACCUUAGAUUACAAGGACUCAAACUAUGAUGGCAUCCUUCUGGUGGCUGAGAACAUUGACAGCCUCCCCACAGAGCUGGAGGAUCUGAAAGCUGCUCUGCAGGACUAUGGGGCAGUGGACAGUGGACUAGGAGAGGAAGUAGUGGUGCUAAAGGUUCCUCAGUUACCAGGGAACAGGCUGGUGUUUGCCCCCACUGGGCCAGUCAAUCGGGACUACGAUGAUGUCAGACGGUUUAGUGAUGCUGCUGCAAAUGGAAUUAAGAGGGCUCUGAAAGCAGGUAUGCAGCGCCCUCUCCUGGUGUGUUCUCAACAUUCCAGUUAUGAGAACAGCACGCUGGUGGCUGUACUGGGAGCUUUACAGGUUCUCUACAUGCCUUUGGAGAUAAGGGAAGUGAAAUCAUCCCCUAAUAAAGUGAAAGUGCUUGGUGUGUGGGUGAAGGAGCAGGCUCAGGGGCAGCGCAUCACUGAACUGGCUUCUGCUCUGGAGAGUGGGAGAUUUGUGUAUCGGGACAUUGGUGGCUCUGACCCAGAGCGCAUGGCAGCACCGCGUGUGGCUGAAUAUGUCAAGGAGGUCUUCAAGAACACACCUGUGCAGGUGAAAGUAGUGGAUGAUUUAAACACUCUAGAGAAGGAAUACCCCUGCUUGGCUGCAGUUAAUCGAUGUGCCAAUAAUGUGCCACGUCAUCAGGCCCGAGUGAUUCACCUCGAGUACCGUGGGGAGGGACCCAUUACGCAGACACUCAUGGUGGUGGGAAAGGGCAUUACCUAUGACACCGGUGGAGCAGAUAUUAAGGCCGGCGGCAUCAUGGCUGGAAUGCACAGAGAUAAGUGUGGAUCUGCUGCUGUGGCUGGAUUCUUCCAGAUUUUGGCCAAAUUGAAGCCCAAACAUUUGAAGGUUGUGGGUGCCAUGGCAAUGGUGCGCAACAGCGUUGGAUCAGACUGCUACGUAGCUGAUGAGCUGAUUGUGUCUCGAGCGGGUCGACGAGUGCGUGUUGGUAACACAGAUGCUGAAGGUCGUAUGGUUAUGGUAGACCUGCUCUGUGAGAUGAAGGAGAAGGCAGUGAAUGAAGUCUCUCCACAUCUGUUCACCAUUGCCACCCUGACUGGUCAUGCCAUUCGUGCCAUGGGGCCAAACUACUCUAUUAUCCUGGAUAAUGGAGCUGCUCGCCGUGCAGAAAACGCCUUACAGUGGCAGAGAGCGGGUGAGGUUCUGGGUGAUUUGUUUGAAGUGUCCACUAUCCGCCGCGAGGAUUAUGAUUUCCACAGAGGGAAAUCUGAGUAUGAGGAGAUUCUGCAGUCCAAUAAUCUGCCCUCAUCUGCCACGCCCCGUGGACACCAGACCCCUGCUGCCUUUCUAAUCAUGGCUUCUGGCCUGGACAAGCAUGGAGUCGACUCUGACAGACCCCUGCCCUACUCCCACAUCGACAUUGCAGGAUCCAGCGGGCCCUUCCCAGGAGUCCCCACCGGGGCCCCUAUCCUGACAAUGGCAACCAAGUACAUCCUCCAGCAUUGAGAUGCCACCCAUUAACUAUUCUGUCCAUUUAUCCACAAAUCCUUCCAUUUUGUCCUGACGCAUGUGUGCAGAUUUAAAGUCAGUCCUUCCACAGGGGAAUGACUGCUGUGUCUCUGGGAUUUAUAACUGAUUGUUACUGUAAUUUCACCCUCUCUUACCACCUCACUUUCUCAGAAGCUUCUCAGGUUCUCAAAUCAACUUUAUUUGUAAAACCAGAACAAUAUCUUUCACUCUUCAUUCAUCUGUUGGUCCAUUUAGUUAAUGUCCAUCCAUUCAUCCUUUUGUAUGCUUUUACUCCAUCCUUCAAAAGUCACAUCCCUCCAGAGUCUCCUAACUGCCGUCCUGAAUUUGGAGACACAUCCAGCCUGAUAAUUUCCCUCACAGGCUUUCUGAUCUUUUUCAGUAUUGCUUCCAUCAGCCUUACAUUUUCUAAGCCUGUUUAAAGGGGGUGUGGUACAGGUCAGUGCUGGACUAAGCUGUUUUUUUUUAACAGUCCGUGAAGUCAAGAACAUGUUUCAGUCUAAAAUUGUGGAAUAAAUCUCAUUAAGCAAGCAAACAAGGCUUGAUUUUCAUUUU